ACAGAAAGGCAAAUAAGAGAACAUAGAAGUGAAAUCAGGAAAGCCAGCCUUCAUUAGUUCGGCUCUGUUAGAUCUGACAGAGUCUCACCAUGAUCAUUCUCUGUGUGUGUGUGAUUUUGCUGCCGGUGUGUUUUACCCAUCCUCUGGCUGGAUGGGUGAGUUCUCCUGGUCAUCCAGGGGGAUAUGAACCAGACAUUAAAAUGAACUGGGAACGCUGUGCUCCAGCAGGACACACACUCACUCUCUCCAUCGUCCACCUGGAUCUAGAGGACAGCCAUGAUUGUGAAAACGAUGCUUUGGAGGUCUUUGCUAACGGUAUCCUGAUUAGCAAACUGUGUGGCAAAAAGUCAAAUGAGCAGCUGCAGGCCUCUGUUAAUCCCUCACUGCGCUCGCCCUCUGGAGGCUGUCUUUCUCUCACCUUCCAGACCGACUACUCCAACACAGAGCAACACACUGGUUUCAGGGCCUUCUAUACGGUGCAGGAUAUAGAUGAGUGUUUGGACGGUGAUCUGCAGUGUUCUCAUUUCUGUCACAACUAUAUCGGAGGCUACAGCUGCAGCUGCAGACCAGGAUACUUUCUCAGAGAAGACCAGCACACCUGCACUGUGAACUGCACAGAGGAGCGCUUUGGGGAGGGUGUACUGACGCCUCCAGGCAGUCCUGGUCCAUACUUUGAGAAUGCUCAGUGCACCUACACACUGUCUGUGGAAGAGGGGAAGCAGAUUAUACUGAAUUUCAUAGGGGAAUUUGAUGUGGAGGACAGAGAGGGGCAAUGCAUUGACUCAUUAACAAUAAAAACAGAUUCUGCCACUUUUGGACCCUUUUGUGGGAAGAAGGCGCCUUCAGGCUUUAACACUGCUGCCCGACAAGUUCAGGUUCUUUUCAGUACAGAUCAAGAAGGCCAAAACCUGGGAUUCUCACUCACCUACCAAGCCAAACUAAUGGAGUGCCCUGGAACAGUCACACCCGACUCUGUCCUGUCACCUCAGAGAACUGUGUAUGUCGUGGGAGACACGGUCACUGUGCAGUGUAAAACUGGAUAUACUUUUGAUGCUCAUCUUGUCAAUGCUGAUGUGAAACACUUUGAGUCGACAUGUCAGACCAGUGGAAAGUGGAGUCCUGUCUACAGCUGUGCCCCUGUGGACUGUGGUGACCCUGAUCUUCCAGAUCUUUUGGCCCUAACAGAGGAACAUCCACUUACAACAUACACACAUAAUAUCAGCCUAAAGUGUCUAACAAAAUUCUACCAACUGUCUGGACAUGCUCAUUUUACCUGCAAUGCUAGUGGGCUCUGGGAAUCAAAUGGAGAGGGUCUUUCUGCCAAAGCAAAUUCACCCAUAUGUCUCCCAGAGUGUGGCAUGAAUGAAGAGUUUUUUUCAUUUGAACGGGUUUUUGGAGGAGAGAGGGCCAGACUGAAACAGAUACCCUGGCAGCUUCUGAUGAAAGAGCCCAAACGAGGAGGCGCUUCUCUAAUUAGUGAUCGCUGGGCUCUUACAGCUGCUCAUGUUGUGGAUGGACUUGAAACUAAAAAACUGAAAUUCUAUGGAGGAAUGAUUGAUGUACAAGACAUUAAUGCAGUUAUAAUGGAAACUGAGAAGAUCAUAAUUCAUCCAGAUUAUGCAAGAAAAGUUUCAGAUAAAGACCGGUCAACCUUUGAUAAUGACAUUGCCUUGGUGAAGAUGUCUGAAAGGGUGCCACUCAGUUUCAAUAUCAGGCCAGUGUGUCUGCCAGAGAAGUCAGCUGGACCAGUGAUGAAGGAAGCGACAGGAACAGUAUCAGGGUAUGGAGGAACUGGAAAAAGACUUAGAAGUCGAUUUCUGCAGUAUGCUCAUUUAGAAGAAAAUCUAAAAGUUCCUUGUUUUCAAAGCCCUAUGAAGGUCACUGAUAAUAUGUUCUGUGCUGGAGGAGAUGGGGCAGAUUCAUGUCAAGGUGACAGUGGUGGUCCACUAUUCCUUCCAAUGUUGGGAACCGGGGCUCCAAAUAAACCCUACCGACUCGAAGGCAUUGUGUCAUGGGGUCCAUCUGAUAAAUGUGGAGAUGAAGAAUUUAAAGGCUAUUACACCAAAGUGCAGAACUACCUAGGCUGGAUCAGAGAAACCAUGGAGAAGAACUAACACUAGGUUCAACAAGACAUUAAGUACAGUUUGAUUUUUUAUGCAAAUAAGCUUGUUGAGCAAGUGUGAUUAUUGAAAUGUUCAGACCAGUAACAACUGUAUAAAACAAUAAAAUGUUUCAUCACA